GGAAACAGUAGCAUUCACUUCAAGAUGCCACAAAGGGAAGAACUCAUCUGCAAGUCAUGUCUUUCAGAGCUGUUUGUUCUCUUCCAGUGCAAGAAGAAUGUUUUUGAGAAAGAUGACUUGUGAAAACCGUGCAGGAGGCUGGGUUUGCAAUACUGAGUGAAGGACAUCAUGCCUUACAGCGGACACUUAUCCUGAAGGACUGACACUGUGCUCUCAAAGUAAACUACAAGCACUCGUUAUAAACAAAACAAAGAAGACAAAACUAAUUCUGAUCCUGAACAGGAAUAAGAAUUACAAGAACUGCAUCAGAAUGUUUGUUAGUCCCAGAAGAGUCAGAAAAUGCCAGUUCUUGCAGAUAUUUGCCACUUGCUUCAUACUAUGUGUCAUGAUUUUUUGGGGUCCAUUUGAUAAUCGCUUUGUAAGCCAUAUGAAGUCCUAUUCAUACAGAUACCUCAUAAACAGCUACAAUUUUGUGAAUGAAAGCCUGUCCAUCAGUAGAGAUAACGUGGACAGAGUAGCAAGCUACCAGUACUUGAUGAACCACAGAGAGAAAUGUCAAAAGCAGGAUGUCCUUCUCCUGUUGUUUGUGAAGUCUUCUCCUGAGAACCGUCAUCGGAGAGAUGCAAUUCGACAGACUUGGGGUAAUGAGAAAUAUGUUCGUUCUAAACUUAAUGCCAACAUUAAAACUCUUUUUGCUUUGGGACAACCAACAGAUCAUUUGCGGCAAAGAGACCUUUAUCUGGAAGACCAGAAAUACAGUGAUUUGAUUCAGCAAGACUUCUUGGAUACUUUCCACAACCUUACUACUAAAUUACUUCUACAGUUCAGCUGGGUAAACGCCUACUGUCCUCAUGCCAGGUUUAUUAUGUCUGCAGAUGAUGAUAUAUUUAUCCAUAUGCCAAAUCUUGUUGCUUAUCUCCAAAGUCUAGCACGAAUGGGUGUUCAGGAUCUCUGGAUUGGCCGUGUCCAUCGUGGAUCCCCUCCCGUAAGAGAUAAGACUAGCAAAUACUAUGUUCCAUAUGAAAUGUACCAGUGGCCCUCUUAUCCUGACUACACAGCAGGAGCUGCAUAUGUAAUAUCAAGUGAUGUAGCAGCUAAAGUAUAUGAGGCUUCAUUGACUCUCAAUACCAGUCUUUAUAUAGAUGAUGUCUUCAUGGGCCUCUGUGCCAACAAAAUGGGGAUUGUACCACAGUAUCAUGCCUUUUUUUCUGGGGAAGGAAAGGCUCCAUAUCAUCCCUGCAUUUACAACAGAAUGAUGACAUCUCAUGGACAUGUGGAUGACCUUCACUAUCUCUGGAAGCAGGCUACCGAUCCCAAAGUUAAAAAGCUUUCCUCGGGGCUCUGGAGUAGAAUAUACUGCAGAAUAGUAAAUAUUAUGCUUCUCUGUAAACUGUACUAUGAGAAUACAUAUCCUUGUUCAGCUGCAUUUUCUUAAUACUUGAAUAUCUGUGUUGAAGAUCCACUGAGCCAAAACAGAGCAACAACUUUUUUUGCUGUUUAUUCAAAAUAGACAUAAAUGUGAAUAGCUGGGUUGGGAUUGGGAGGGUGGGAUAGCAAAUGAAGCAGGGUAGUGGGAGGAUGGUGCCAAGUUCUGUUCAGAAACUGUUACUGGAUUAGCUCUCCUAUUGUACCACAACUUUCUACAUUGUAGCCUGCUUUUAUUAUUUUUUUUUACACUCUUCACAGAAUGAGAGUCUGAAUUAUAUGAUCAUUAAAUGAACUGUAGUGGACUUCUAGACUUUGAAAUGGUUGUGAAAAUAUCACUUAUUUUGAAUUUGUUAGCAAGUCCUAAGGGUUUUUUCUUUUUAAAAGGCUAAGGCAUAUGAUUUUUAACAAGGCUACUGCAUGAAAAUGAAGUAGACCUUUCAAAACGAGAGGAAAGUAGAACUUGUGACUCAAUUUAGUAGUUCAAGGCAAUGUAAAUUGGUUACAUAUAUUCAGUAUUGUUGAAUGCUUUGUGGAAAGUAUGCCUGGACCUGCACAACUGACAAAGUGCAGGAAAUAUAGACCUGUUAGUCCUUUUUCUCAAAGCCCCCUCCAUCUCUGAAGUAAGGAAACAGUGUCUGAGUGCCCUCUGACUUGCUUCAUCUAAGUAGCAAAUGAGCUCCCUUUAGAUCAGAAGUGAACUGGAAAGGAUGAAAAUCUAUUGUUUAUGUCAAAGCUCUGUCUUCUGAAAACUUAAGCUGCAUAUUCGAACAAUCCAUUCUUUAAUAAGAUAAUAGACUAAGUGCAUUUAAGACCGGUUUUCUUCUAACAGUGGUUCUGUUUUCUCUUGUUCAUGGUCCUAAAGGUGAAAAGCAAGUGAAAGUUAUAGCUGUGUUCCUUGAGAGUGUUACUUAUAGCCAAUUUGAAGCAAUUAGUUAUUUUUAAGAGCAAAGUUUCAUGUUUAGCAUUUGUUAAAUAAGGAAAAUGUUUUCUGCACAAAGGUUUGAUGUAAUGGUGAAGGGUUAGGGAGAUGGAGAUCCAUAGAAACUCAAUACACAAAAUCAAAAUCUCUAAAAUAUUUCUCAAGUUAUUUCCUGAAGAGAAAAGAUUGUUUACAAAGUCAGGGUAGUCUUUGCCCCAGAUCCCUGUCUCUUGAAUAGAGCUACAUGUUAAUAUCACAUGCAGGAAGAACUAAGUACCUGUGCAUUGUAAAUCUAGGUAGUGCUGAAACUCUGGGCAUUGAGUUGUAUUGUGGUGCCAUCUACAUCUUGUGUUUGUUUUUUUUUUUUUAAAAAAAAAGAAAACAUGGUUCUAAGAUGUCUGCAGUCUUUUCUUGUGUAACUUACUAAUGGUGUCCUUACAGUCUCACAGGUAACUUGGUUGUGGUAGCUCUCCUUGGAGCAGAUACAGGCUAUGUAAGGGGCAGUCAGAUAUUGCUUGUGAACGGAUUCAAUACUGGAACAAGUUGUACUGUAGGUAGGGUCAUAAAACUACUUCUGAAAGAUUGAAUGAGUCAAGUUUAUCAGCACAGCAGUAACAUGAAUCUUGCAGGGUACCAAUGAUCUGUCACAGUCUUGGAAUAUCUGCUGAUAAUGUACUGCCUAUAGGAGCAAUGCUCCUUGCUUUCUGAGAUGUCUAAAGCUGGCCUUUUCUCCUCUGCCUGAAGUUUCUUGCUGCUGUGUGGAGCAGUGGAGUAUUAAAUGUCUUCUAACUUCACUUAAAACAGUUGUAUGUAGCAUGAUAGUUUUAAGCUGUAAGUGGUAAGCUGUUUAAAUCAUUGCUGCUGUUCUGUGAGCUGUGCUGCAGUUUUAAUGAUUUGAAUGGCUAACAGUAUAGGCUAGCACAGAUUAAAAAAAAAAGUCAGCAAGCUCACUGCUGCCUGUUCCUGAAACUGCCAUUUCAGAUGGAUGGUAAGUAGCUACUACGUUUAAGUGUAUAUGUAACUUCACAAGUGGUUUUCCAAGAGGAAAAUAAUAAUUCUAACUGGACAAAAUGUUAGGUAUAUAUAGAUCACAAACUCAUCAGUAUUAAAAUAAUUGGACUGCAGCAGCUGUACUCUAGAAAAACAAACCUACUUCAUGUUCUUCCCUAAACAAACUGAUUACAACCUGAGGAUUUUUUUUUAAAGAAAACAAGACAAACCUAGAUCUAUAACAUGCUGGCUCUAUGUAGGUGCAGAUGGGGGGAAUGCACACAGAAUGUCAUGUUUAGUACUUGAAGGAAAGAUUCUUCAUCAGAUCUCGGACCUGUUGCAGGCCAUUUAAAUCAGUAAGAUGCACAGUAAAAUGGCACAACUGGAAAUGCCUCCCUCUUCACUUCUGGGCAAAGAGGGUCUUGAAAUUUAUAUACAACCAAAGUCUUCUACUAAGAUUACAAUUUUUCUAGUGUAACUAUGCAUUAGGAUUUGUUUUCACUCAUACAAGCAAAGUUAAAGUUGUAAGUAUCUUAGACUUCUAUAGUGACCUAGGUAAUAUCUAAAACACUACUUAAAUGUAGCUUGCUGUUAUUUGAAACUCACUUUUGACAUUGAAAUAUGUUGUUUUGUGGUUAAUUUAAAUUUUGUGUGGGUUGUUUCUUAAAAGGGCCUUGGUGUUUGUAGUUUGCAUUUUUGUUUGCUGCAGCAAAAAAGAAAGCUGCUUAUGAAUAAAAAGAAAAGUAUGAAUGCACUGCUUUCAAAAAACAACAACAACAAUAAACAACUUUCUGGUUCUAAACACCAACUCAACAUUUGUACACCUUUAACUAGAACCUCUUUUAAUAAUCAUCUUGGUGCUCCAGUGCAGAGCUGUCAGGUUUUACUUCUACAAGCAAAACUGUAUCAGCUUGAAUGGUCAUGCCUCAUUAAGAGUUUGACAUUGUUGCACAGUGUGUUUAAUGCUAAAAUUGUUUUUACCUGUUUGUCUGAUUUGCAUCAAUUUCUCUUUGAUAUUACUAAUUUUUAUACAAAGUAUUCAAUAUUUAUUCUAAAACUUUGCUCUGUACCACAAAAAUACAAUUGUUUUGUAAGAUUUGAUUUGAAUAAACAGACUUGUUUCUUUUCUUUUUAAAAAA